GAGGCGGCCAUGUUGGGAGCCGCCGCUGUGUGAAGCCGAGGGGGAGCCGCGGAGCUCGGGCACCGGCGAGGACGGGAAGACGGGGUCCGAGCCCGGCCGUGGAGGCGCGGCGGGACUCGGGGGGCUCUACCUCAGCCCGUGCUCGCUUCAGGGCUCGGCUUUUCCCCAGCUGGGGAUUUUCGACCGGUGUGGCCUGCUCCCUGCUCCUCAUCCCCGGCCUCGCGUGAUCCGUCAAGCCGGGCACGUCGCACUCAGACCCGGCUCGGCGACGACCCCCAUGUGCAGUCGGUGCUGGUGCUUCCCGGUCCUCUGUUGAGCCCCAGUUUCCCCAUGCUGGUGGCCUGGCCGCCCCCCUCGCCGUGAGGAGGAGAAAGAGGAACCGGACCCCCUUCCAGCUGGGGCAGGGAGUAGGAAGGCGAAGGAGCUGAGCAGCUGGGGGGAGACCCCCUCGGGCCGUGCCGUCGGGAGCCAUGUCGAACAGCGGCUGGAGCCCCCUGCCCACCGUCAAUGAGAAAGACACGGAGCAGCCGGCCUUAGGACAUCCGGAGUCCAAGCCAAGCACAAAGUCCAACAUGCUUCGAGGCCGCACCUCGGCCACCUCUGCGGAUGAACAACCGCACAUCGGGAACUACCGCUUGUUGAAAACUAUUGGCAAGGGGAACUUCGCCAAGGUCAAGUUGGCACGGCACGUCCUGACGGGGAAAGAGGUGGCCGUGAAAAUCAUUGAUAAGACGCAGCUGAACUCAUCCAGCUUACAGAAGAAUGUAACGGGGGUGAUGGUGAUGAAGGCUCUAGUUGUGAUUGACCGAGUUGCUGUGAUGUUACAGAGGGGCCAAAUCAUGAAAGACCGCUGGAUGAAUGUGGGGCAUGAGGACGACGAACUGAAGCCUUACGUGGAACCUCUGCCCGACUACAAGGACCCCAGGCGGACAGAGCUCAUGAUAUCCAUGGGAUACACCCGCGAGGAGAUCCAGGACUCGCUGGUCAGCCAGAAGUAUAACGAAGUCAUGGCUACAUAUCUGCUGCUAGGAUACAAAAACUCAGAGCUUGACAACGACACCAUUACCCUGAAGCCCCGACCGCAGCCCGACCUCACCAACAGCACCGCCCCCUCCCCGUCACACAAGGUACAGCGCAGCGUCUCGGCCAACCCCAAGCAGCGUCGCUUCAGUGACCAGGUACCAACCAUCCCAACAUCCACUUCGUACUCCAAGAAAACACAGGCAGCCAACGCGGAGAACAAGCGGCCCGAAGAAGAGCGGGACCGAAAGGCCAGCAGUACGGUCAAAGUGCCAGCCAGCCCGUUGGCAGGCCUCGAGAGGAAGAAGAGCACUCCCUCCCCCUCCACAGUCAGUCCUUCACACUGCUUGGGGGGUGGGGGGGUUCCGCUGCGCACAGGGUGGAUUAAGUUCAGCCAAAAGUCAGCUGUCCUGCGUGGCGGUCGGUCUGUUCGGAAACCUGGCGGAAGCGCAUUUUUAAAAAUGCUUUUCUGGGUUUUGCGUGUCAAAAAUUUUGUGUUGACGCUUCUUGCGUGUGCACGCCGAGGCCGAACACUGCUCUUUGCAGCAUGUGUUAAAAACAGGAAACAGGAAAGAAGUUCCUUGGCAACUUCUGUUUGGAGUAGCCAAAGUGGUGACUCCCCUUCUGUCUCCCAAAGAGGGUGUUCCCCGAAUCCAAUGGUUGGUGGUGGUGCUGGCCCCUGCUGUUCAGUUGGAGGUGUGGGUCUAGGGUGUGGAAGGGCUCCCGCUCACUUGGUGUCCGUGCCCCCUCCUGCAGAACAAGAAAGCGUCCCUCUCUCACGACCAACACGAACUUGGAGCCAUAACUCACUGCGAUGCUGGAGCACACCAGGCAGGCCAGGCACUCCAUCCAGAGCAGGCAAAGAUAGCCUAACCACUCCAGGCUCCAGGGCUUCCACCGCUUCAGCCUCUGCCGCCGUGAGCUCCGCCCGCCCGCGCCAGCACCAGAAAUCCAUGUCUGCCUCGGUGCACCCUUCCAAGCCCGUGCUGCCCCCUUCCGACAAUAACUGUGAGGCGCAGCGACCCAGCACUGCACCUCAGAGGGUCCCUGGCGCCUCCCCCUCCGCCCACAACAUCAGCAGCGCCCUCCCUGAGCGCACCAACUUCCCCCGGGGAGUCUCCAGCCGCAGCACCUUCCACGCAGGGCAGCUCCGGCAGGUCCGGGACCAGCAGAACCUCCCCUACGGCCUGACCCCCGCCUCGCCCUCCGGGAACAGCCAAGGCAGGAGGGGCGCCUCGGGAAGCCUCUUUAGCAAGUUCACUUCAAAGUUCGUACGCAGAAAUCUGUCUUUCAGGUUUGCCAGAAGGAACCUGCAUGAGCCCGAAAGCAAAGACCGUGUGGAGACGCUCAGGCCCCACAUGGUAGGCGGCAGCGGGGACAAAGAGCGGGACGAGAACCGGGAGGCCAAGCCGCGCUCGCUGCGGUUCACCUGGAGCAUGAAGACGACAAGCUCCAUGGAGCCCAACGAGAUGAUGAAGGAGAUCCGGAAAGUGCUGGACGCUAACAACUGCCAGUGUGAGCUGCAGGAGAAGUACAUGCUCCUGUGCAUGCACGGAGCGCCGGGCCACGAGGCCUUUGUGCAGUGGGAGAUGGAGGUGUGCAAGCUCCCGCGCCUCUCGCUCAACGGCGUCCGCUUCAAGCGGAUAUCCGGCACCUCCAUGGCCUUCAAGAACAUUGCCUCCAAAAUCGCCAACGAACUGAAGCUUUAACAAGCCCCCAGGAGGGGCCCGGCCUGCACGCGCAUGGGGUGGGGUUUAGGAGUAAAGCUGCAAUUUUAACUCUGGAAGGGUUUAUUUUUUGAUACCCUAGUGCAGGACGGGGCAGGGGGGAAGGAGAAUGGCGGGGUGGCGGCACUGGUGUUUGGGGACUUCCCCUCUCCCCCCCGCUCCCCCCCCCCGCUGCUGAAUCUCCAUGGAGACAGAGUGCGUGGGGUGGUGGUUGGCAGCCACCAGGCCAGUCUCCGUGGCAACAGUAGUGGGAGUGUACCAAGGGCUGUUGGUCUCUAUAGCGACGGUGUUGGGGGGCAUCCCUUUUGGUCUCCGUGGUGACCAUGGUACUUUUCUUUGGGGGGGGGUUGCACAUUAGGCAGGGUUUAAAAUUAUCAAACACAGCAAAAAAAGAUAAUAAAUGAACUCCUCCCCACCCCCAGCUUAUAAUCUCCCUUUCCCUUCUGGGAUCUGUGUUCUGGUGAUGGUUUUGGUUCCUAGGCUGCCCGUGCAGGGUGGGGAAAGACACGGAUGCAUGAGGUUUCCUAUGGGCAUUACUGUAGAGAUGCUUCCCCCCCUGGGGUUUCCCACAUCAGGCCAGCGAAGGUGGGUGUUGGGUGUUGGGGGGCAGACUUGGGAGCUUUGUUGGAGCCAGAGGGGGAGGGGGAAAGUCCACCCACCAGCUCUUCUCCCCACUUCUACCACCAGGGCAUCCCCCACCCGCCCAAGAAACCACUUCAAACGGGAGAUUGCUAGCCAUGCCCGUGUACCUUCACAUUUGGGGGGAAACAAGAGUGUGUUGGGGUGGGGUGAGAGGUUAAAUCCACACUGGAGCCCAUUUCUUCCUCCGUGUCCCCAGUCUCACACAAGUUGAGAGAGCUGCACAAGGUUGGACACCUUUAAAACAGCAAGGGCUUCUGGGAGUUCAGAAUGUCCCUGUUUACAGGGCUAGUUCUGUUUUCUAGGUUGGCGGGCUUGACUGCUCCCCUCAGUGCCCUGGGCUGUGCAGCGGGUUCCUUCAGCUGCAUGGUGCCUAGUUAUCUUGUUCCUGUCCCAAAGGCACCCUCACUCCGUCUGUACUGGUUGUGGGUAACUUCCAGCAUGUGACCUGCAGUCUCAGAUGCUGUAGAAUGUGCAGGGGCCUCUUUUUCCAAAGCGCCCCCCCCCCCCCCCGUAGCUUUAGAUGCUGCAAAUGAGCACUCUGAAGGUGGCAGAGAGUGCUUUAGGGCUGUCGCUGGGUGGGUGGUUUUUGCCCCUAGUUUUGCCUUGCUCAAGAAUGCACAGGAGCCAUUGGAACGGGUGGGGUGAGGCAAAAGAGUUCUGUGGUAGGGAUGUAUGUGUGGGGGCUGGUCUGGUUUCUCCGUGACCAGGUACAGUGCUUGCAGCUUUCUGCCACUGCUUACCACAGAAGAUGUGGGGAAGCUCUCAUGACAUCCUCUCCUGUGGGAGAGCACAGCCUUUCCCCAUCCUCUCCCCUCCCCAAACAAAAGGCCAGCACCCUCCCCCCCCCCCCCCCCCCUUCCAAAGCACAAGAGAAAAACGGGACCUCUCCUGCCCUGCCCUCCCUUUCCCCUUGAGCUGGGUUUCUUCCAUUGUCACAUCUCCACUCGAGAAUGUAUUUUCAACCCCUCUUGGGGGUGAUUGGGGUUCUCCCCUUUCGCCCGCUGAGCAAACCCCUCCCCAUCUCUUAUGUACGUACACACAGACACACCCCUGGUUUGUAUAUAACUGUACUGAUACCUCGGUUUUGUGAGUGGUUAUUUUUUUUUGUUUAAUUCUGAUCACAAAAUGCCUUUUUUAAAGAGAAAUCAUGUCCCCUUCCCCUUUUUUGUUGGUUUCCACCCCCCUCCCUCCGGGGAUGCUGCCGUUUGAUGUAGUUUUACAGGUUCUAGAUUAAACUUUCCAGAAAGCA